UCGAUCGACCCGGGAUCCCAAUCCAUUCCAAGCACGAGCAAGCACUUAGCUCUCUCUGUACCACUAGCUAAGCUAGCAAGUGAGUUCUAGGUUGAAGAAAGAAGAGGCCAUGGCGGGUGGCGCGGCGCCGGGUAGCUCGCUGCACGGCAUGACAGGGAGCGAGCCCGUGUUCGCCUUCUCGACAUCUGCGGUGUCCGACGACGAUGCAGCGAGCAAGUUCGACCUGCCGGUGGACUCAGAGCACAAGGCCAAGAGCAUCCGGCUCUUCUCCUUCGCCAACCCGCACAUGCGCACCUUCCACCUCUCGUGGAUCUCCUUCUUCACCUGCGUCGUCUCCACCUUCGCUGCCGCGCCACUCAUCCCCAUCAUCCGCGACAACCUCAACCUCACCAAGGCCGACAUCGGCAACGCCGGCGUGGCCUCCGUCUCGGGGGCCAUCUUCUCGCGUCUCGCCAUGGGCGCCGUCUGUGACCUCCUCGGCCCGCGCUACGGCUGCGCCUUCGUCAUCAUGCUCGCGGCGCCCUGCGUGUUCUGCAUGGCAAUCAUCGACAGCGCGGCCGGCUACAUCGUCCUCAGGUUCUUGAUCGGCUUCUCCCUGGCGACGUUCGUGUCGUGCCAGUACUGGACGAGCACCAUGUUCAACAUCAAGAUCUUGGGGACGGUGAACGCGCUGGCGUCCGGGUGGGGAGACAUGGGCGGCGGUGCCACGCAGCUCCUCAUGCCGCUCGUCUACGAUGCCAUCUGCAAGUGCGGCGCGACGCCGUUCGCGGCCUGGCGCAUCGCCUACUUCGUGCCGGGGAUAAUGCACGUGGUGAUGGGCAUCCUGGUGCUCACGUUGGGGCAGGACCUCCCCGACGGCAACCUCCGCAACCUCCAGAAGAAUGGAGACGCCGACAAGGACAAGUUCUCCAAGGUGCUCCGAUACGCGGUCACCAACUACAGGACCUGGAUCUUCGUCUUUGUCUACGGGUACAGCAUGGGUGUGCAGCUGACCACCAACAAUGUCAUCGCCGAAUACUACUACGACCACUUCAACCUCGACCUCCGCUCCGCCGGCAUCAUCGCCGCCUGCUUCGGGAUGACCAACUUCGCAUCGCGGCCCUUGGGAGGUGUCCUCUCCGACGUCGGCGCUCGUUACUGGGGCAUGCGCGCGCGCCUCUGGAACAUCUGGAUCCUCCAGACCGCCGGCGGCGCCUUCUGCCUUUGGCUCGGCCAUGCCAGCGCGCUCCCCACCUCCAUCACCGCCAUGGUGCUCUUCUCCUUCUGCGCCCAGGCCGCUUGCGGCGCCACCUUCGGCGUCAUCCCCUUCGUCUCCCGCCGCUCACUCGGCAUCAUCUCUGGCAUGACGGGGGCCGGCGGCAACGUAGGGGCGGGCAUCACGCAGCUGCUCUUCUUCACCUCGUCCAGCUACUCCAUGAGCAAGGGGCUCCAGUACAUGGGCAUCAUGGCCAUGGUGUGCACGCUGCCCCUUGUGCUCGUGCACUUCCCGCAGUGGGGUUCCAUGCUCCUCCCGCCCAGCACCGGCGCCGACGAGGAGCGCUACUACACCUCUGAGUGGAGCGAGGAGGAGAAGAGCAUGGGGCGUCACAGCACCAGCCUCAAGUUUGCCGAGAACUGCCGAUCAGAACGCGGCAGACGCAACGUCGUCCUCGCUGCCGCAGCCACGCCGCCGAACAACACGCCGCAGCACGUCUAAUGUACCUAAUGUAUACACACAGACACACAUGCAGUGUGUACGAAUGCUCCUACCGAUUUAGUAAGGUCUCGAGAGGCACAAAUAAUAUGUAUUAGUUAGGGUAUGUACAACAGGUAAGACAAGUGCUGUGUAUAAUAUGAUCGAUCCAUGUCAUUUCGAGAGAGUUCAAUAGGGAACCUUUACUUGAAAAGGCAUUUUCUUUCACUAGUGAGAGCUCCAACCAUCAUUGCACAACCAUCCGAUGCAUAUUUGCGUGCAGUGUACUAAUCACGAUGUACAUCAAAUGGCUUUGCACGUGGUGGGAGCUCCUACUAGUCGAAAAAUGCACUUUUCCAUAGUCGACGAUAGGUAAAAUCGAUUGUACGAGUAAAAUAGGGAUAGCUAAUCCUCUACAAAGAGACAC